CCUUCUUUAUAUAUUGUUUUCUCCUUUGUGUUCGAAUCAAAACCCUAGAAACUCGAUCGAUGGCGAUGAAACCGCAUGGGAAGUCUAUUGUCUCCUCCGAUUACGACGAAAAAGUCCUCUUCCUCAAAGAUCUCUCGCUCGGUCCCCACGAAGCUCAGUUGCGGUUUCGGCUCAUCCAUUUUUGGGAGGCUUGGAACCCGCUGAAGAAGACGCUUAUUGGCAUGGAGAUGCUACUCAUCGACGAACAGGGAACUGUUAUUCAAGGAUUCAUUUCCCCAGGGAGAAUUGAAACAUAUUUGCCAAAGAUGAAGCGAGGAUCUGUUUACAAACUCGACAACUUCUACGGUUCCAGAAACAAGUCGGUGUUUCGGGUUGCUGAUCAUACUGUUACUGUGUCGUUCUCAUGGAACUCGGAGUUGACGGUUCUUCUAGACUGUCCCAGUCAGUUUGAUGAUGACCGUUUCCGGUUUCAUUCAUAUGAAGAGUUUCAGGCUAACUGCGAUCUCAAAGGAGACCUCUACGAUGUUGUUGGCCACAUGAAGUUGGUUAAUGGUCAGAGUAUCCAUGAGGCCCCAGUUCUUGACGAAGUGGAGAUAGCAAAGGCGAGGCGUGUUCUGAUUCAUGUCCAAUCACAUGAUGGCCCGGUCAUGAAGCUAUACCUUUGGGAUCAGGCUGCGAGAGAGUUCUGCAAAAAGUUCAAGUCGUACGAGGGCACACCCACUGUGUUACUGGUCACGACCGUAAACACAAAGACUCUCGGAGGUACUCUUGCUUUGACUUCAAUGUCCUCUUCGCGUGUGUUUAUGGACUACGAUGUCCAGCCUACCAUAGAUUACUUCAGUUGGUUGGGCUCUAAUCCAGAUAUUGCUGAGCAGGUUAACGCAGAGGUCGUCACCAAACGUGAGACAAUGACUAUAGGAGAGAUAUUCUCCUAUAUCGAGCAGGAAUCCGCAAAGGACGCCUUCUUCGAGUGCACGGCUACGAUCGACGACGUCGUGCAUGGUUCUUCUUGGUACUACAUUGCCUGCAGUGGGUGCCAUAGUAAGGUUAGCAAAGGUCCAACUUCGUUGCUCUGCACAAACAAGAAGUGUGGAAAGGUUAACGUAUCUGGUGUUCCACAGUACCUGUCAAAGAUAUCAGUUUAUGACAACAGUGACCAAGCUGUUUUUGUUCUACUUGGAGAUGCCGGUCGUGAGCUGACUGGGAAGCCAGCGUCAGAGUUAGUCAGAAGCUAUUUUGAGGCUAAUGGGAACGAAGGAGUUAACCUUGAGGCGCCUAUUCCAGAAGCUCUAAUCAGCACCAUCAGUCAGAAGCAUAAGUUUUGUGUCAAAGUUACAGAGCAUAACUUAUCGGGUAAGACUCGAUCUCUUACCGUGACCAAGAUCCUCUCUCUAGACACUCCACCAGCCACAGCAUCUUCAGAAGAUAACCAUACUACUGCGACGUCUGAGGAGACAUCCCAAAACCGUGUGGAUUCAGCAGAUGGGAGUAAGGGCGCCUGUUGCAGUUCUGAGCUGGAGAGAGCUAAACGUCGUAAGUGUGGGAACUAGAGUUCUCGUGACACUUCUCAAAGAUUGCAACUCCUAUUCAGUUUACGUGUUUAUCUCAUUUACAAUUGCAUGCAUGUUUUUUCAUUUUGUCUUUUGAAUUAUGAGAGUUUUUUCCUUGACUAUGGUUUUCUCUCAUUUUGAAUUAUCAGAGUUUUUUCCUUGACUAUGGUUUUCUCUCAUUUUGAAUUAUCAGUUUUUUCUUUGAGUUAUUUGAUAUCAAAUAUCAGUGUUUUAUUAAUUUUGGUCAACAUGUUAUUUUCUAUUUAUUUGCAUGUGAAUGACUUAAAGCCAACGAAUAGUAUGAAUAAAUUCCCAUACUGCAAAUCCAUAAGGUUUAUGACAAACCCAACUGGUCCAUAAAUACAUUAGGAUUUACUUACUAAAAUUAAAAAAUAACGUUAAUGUAAACACACAAUUAUUAAAUGUGAUUUCCAACCCUAACGUAAAAAAAUAUUCCCAUAUCUCAAUCAGUUUAAUAUAUUUCCUAAACUUACUCCUAAAGAAUUGAACAAAACGCUUUCUACUCCAUAUUCAUAUUCAAUUACCAAAACUCUCUGUAACAUUUUUCUUCCCCUUCCCGGUUCUACCUUGGAUCCUUUUACAGUUGUCUACAAAGCUCGCCAAACGACUGUAAGUGUAACAAACUUUUACAAACAAACGAUAUACAAAUGUUAACCCACCCCUAUAGCCAACAAUCUGUUUGCUUCUCAGGAUAAAGUCACACACGAAUGGAGAACACACCUCGAACACCCCCUUUGGAAACUGCAGGUAAAAAAAAAUACAUACUUUUGCAUAUCCCUUAUAUAUUAAAGGAGAAGCAUUGUAAUAAAUGCAUUCACAUUAUAAUAUACACGUGGCAGUCUCACAAUGAUUUAAUAAUAAAUAUGUUAACGCGUUCACACUA